CACACGACAUGGUCUUAACAGUUGAUGUUUGAAAUUAAUUUGACAAUAACACAAAACAUUUUAUAAAUGCGAAACCUUAUCUGUCAAAAUGGAUUAUGAUGACUUUUUCAAGAUUCCUUACGAAUCAACUGGUCAGGCUGACCCCAAACCAUUCAACCUUCACUCACCCGAUAAAGAAGCAGUUGCUUCUGAUGUAGAAACAGAGUUUGGGUUCGACAAAAGAGACGCAUACACGCCCUACGAGAGUUCAAUAGAAUCUGAAUCGCACAGAGAUUCACACAAGGAUAAAACCCCCUUGGAUCGAUUUAGAUUCAAGCGCAAGGCCAGUUUGUCCUCUGAUGGAGACGACCUACGUGAUCCAACCAAAUUUGAAAUAUGGUCACGAGUUUGGAUUCCUAAAAAGAGAUAUAAUAUGCGCAAAAUGAUUGACGAAUCUGCCGAGUUAGAAUUUUCAAAACCUAAAGCAGUGCCAAGUCAGGUAAGGGCAACCCCCAAUAACAACAAUAAUAUGAUAGGGGGUGCUGCCUCGCGCUAUAUGGCUUCGCGGAGACGCUCCUCCCUGGCUAGUAUCCAGUCCACACCGUCCCAUGUAUUCACAAACCAGCUUGCUCAUGUCUCAGAAGAGGUCGUCGCCCCAGUGGCACGCAGAAGAGCUGUCGAUUCAUCGGAUUUACGCACCUGCGCACUGCUGCAAACUCAACUGAAGAAUGUGCGACAUUAUCCCGAGUAA